GCGUUUUCUUUGUGGACGACUUGACGGAGGUCUCUCUCAGCAGGCAGGGUUCUCCUUAAACGCAAACAAGAUAACGAAAAUGGGCUCGGCGGUGCGGUUAUCGUUACUCAGCCUCCUGCUGUGCCUACAGCUCGGCAGAGCUCCAGCCCGCAGUCCCCGUACGGCUGACCAGGUGUCUGAAGCCGACAUCCAGCGCCUCCUGCACGGUGUCAUGGAGCAGCUGGGCAUUGCUCGGCCCAGGGUGGAGUAUCCUGCACACCAGGCUACCAACAUUGUUGGGCCUCAGAGCAUACAGGGUGGUGCCCAUGAGGGACUGCAGCAUCUAGGCCCCUAUGGAAACAUCCCCAACAUUGUGGCAGAGCUCACAGGGGACAAUGUUCCCAAAGACUUCAGUGAUGACCACAGCUACCCAGACCCACCAAACCCUUGUCCCCUGGGAAAGACGGCAGCAGAUGGAUGUUUGGAAAAUGCUCCUGACACAGCUGAGUUCAGCAGAGAGUUUCAAAAACACCAGCACCUGUUUGACCCAGAACAUGAUUACCCUGCCCUGGCAAAGUGGAACAAGGAACUUUUGUACCAAAAACUGAAGGGUGGACCAAAGAGAAGAAAACGGAGUGUCAACCCAUAUUUAUUGGGCCAGAGGUUGGACAAUGUCGUUGCCAAAAAAUCAGUUCCUCACUUCUCAGAGGAAGAGGAAGAAGACGGACCUUCUGUCCCCGCUGCCAGCAAAUCCACAACCUAAACUCCUGCAAUACCCACUGCAAUAUUACAACAUACUGUCAGAUAAAAGGUUUUAACAAUUUAAGCAUUUUGGUUAACAGUCAGUGGCUCUCUGUGUGUGUUUUGUAAAUGCUUUGUUUGAUUGUAUUGCAAAAACAUGGGAUCUGUCACCCUGAAACAAAAUUUCAAGUUGUCUUUUGGUUAAAAAAAAAAGUUAUUUCUUGAUCUCAGAGCUUUACAAACAGCAAUUACAAUCGACCUUGUUCUUUUCUUUUUUAAAGAUUGAUAACUCUGAAUUUUCCAGGUUAAGCUGUUUUUGGUCGGUAGUUUGAAAUCUUGCCUUGGCAAUAAAAUAGUUGUUUCAGGGAAAACCUGUCUGUUAGCAGAAAUGCUCACGAGUGAGAUAUAGGAAUGAAAAAAGAUCAGCCUGCCAUGAUAUCUGUCAUACUGUAUUUAUUAAAACACUGAAGAUCUGGGCAAUUUAUAGGGAGAAAAGGAGAUCUCAGUUCAUUUAUACCAACUGUUUGCUUCUUUUCUUAUUUUUAAGAGAUGUAACACACUACCACAUUGCCAGAGAAUUAACCCUAAUUUAACCCAAAAAUAAUAGAAUAUAUGCUGUUAAAUACUGAUCUGACAGUGUACAAUAUAUCUAUCCCUGUAUCAUUACAAUACUUUGUACAAAUAUAUAUUGAUCUGAACGAAUGUUAUAUCAAAGUUUUUCUUGGAUGUACAGAGAUUGGUUUAUUAAUACAAAUUAAUUUUGUAUGUGACGAAUUACUUUGGUGUCUUGUGUAAGAAGUGUAUUUCUAUUUCCAAUCAAAUACUUGCAAGUAAUUCUAAGUCUUACUUUGCCAUUCAAAGGAUGAUGGUGAAAUACUUCACUGUAGCAUGUUCAGUAUUUAUUCACUGGGUUGCUUCAUCUUGUCUAAAUGGUUGUGUUCUGUUUUGUUCUUUUAAAUCAAAUAAACGGUUUAUCUGCAUCAACAAAGUU